AUGGCCAUCAUUGACCUCGAGAAGGACCUGGCGGCCCAAUUCGAGCAGCAGGCUCAAGCAACGCCCAAUGCCAUUGCUCUCGAGGACGAAAAGCGAACCCUCACGUAUGCCGAGCUCGACAGCGAGACCUGGGCGCUGGCCAAUCGCCUUCGCUCCCACGGCGUCGGACGUGAUGACCUCGUGGGUGUCCUGAUGGGCCGCAGCGCCGAUUAUGUCAUUGCAUGUCUAGCUGCACUCCGUGCUGGAGGAGCCUUCCUCGUAUUAGAGCUGGCAUACCCCUCGGCCUUGUUGAAGGACGUCAUUGAGGAUUCCAAGCCCACCGUGGUCGUUACACAGCUCGCCCAUGCCGGUCACAUCAAAGCCGAUGUCCCCCUCAUUAUCCUCGACCAGCCCGACCAGCCUGCCGAUGCGCGCCCGCCGCCCCUUGACGUGUUGCCAAAACCACCCUUGCCGAGUGACGACGAUCUCGACCGCCUUGCUUUUGUCUCCUACUCUUCUGGGACCACUGGUCAGCCAAAAGGCAUCGCCAACCCGCACCGAGCCCCCGUGACAUCAUACAAUGCUAGGUUUGGUGUAAGUGAUCUGCAACCUGGUGAUAGGGUUGCAUGCAACGUGUUCUUCGUCUGGGAGAUUCUCCGACCCUUGCUGAGAGGUGCUACCACCGUUGCCGUUCCCGACAGUGUAAGCUAUGACCCGACCGCCCUGGUGGAACUUCUGGCCGAGAAAAGCAUCCAUGAUACCCUCAUGACGCCCACCCUCCUGGCCACUGUGCUCUCAAGACACCCGAAUCUCGGCUCUAAGCUCCCAAGCCUCAAGUCGCUGUGGCUGAAUGGCGAAGUUCUCUCGACCGAUCUGGCCCGCCGUGCGGUGGAGGCCUUACCCAAUACUCGCAUCUUCAAUGUUUACAGUGCCUGUGAGACGCAUGAGGUGGCAGUUGGUGAAGUGAGCAAGUUCUUGGAUCCAGAUUCCGCAGUAUGUGCCGUCGGACCACCAAUUGACCCCGAUCAUGUCUACAUUCUCGACAAGGCCGGCAACAGAGUCGAGCCAGGUGUCAGUGGAGAGCUCUUCGUUGGUGGGAACAUGCUUGCCCGCGGCUACCUGAACCUUCCCGAGACUACAGCCAAAGCGUUCCAGUGUGACCCAUUCACCAAGAAUGAAGGUGCUCGCAUGUAUCGAACCGGUGAUCUCGCAAGGAUUCUACCUUCUGGCCUUCUUGAAAUCACAGGCCGUGUACACGGAAUGAUCAAGACCCGAGGGUACACCGUCCAACCCGCUGCUGUGGAGAGUGCCAUCGUGAAACAUCUUGCCGUCCGUGAUUGUGCAGUUGUGGCACAUGGCGAAGGCCUAAGCAGGCAGCUCGUUGCCUAUUUCGUGCCGGAUAAGAAGCCCACCCACGAUAGAACCGUGGUGGUCGUCGACGAGUCAGGAUACAGCCCCUUGGCCCGUCGUGCUCUUUCCGCACACCUCGCUCACUAUAUGAUCCCUCCCAUCUGGGUCGAGUUGGAGGACCUGCCUACGCACGACGUAUCUGGAAAGAUCAAUUUGAAGGGGCUUCCCCCGCCUCCAAACCCCAAGACUCCCAAGAAGCCAUCCACUGUAGAGCAGAACACCAAAAUCAAGAUGGAGACGGUCAUCAAGAUUUGGGCCACUGCUCUCAGUAUCCCUCCAUCUACCAUAACUCCAAAGCAUGACUUUUUCGAUCUCGGAGGACACUCUCUUUCCCUUGCCGAGGUCGCUGGUCGAUUUACACAGAUAUUCGGCUUCCCCGUGCCUCUUGCUCCUCUUGCCGGUACACCUACCCUAGAGGGCCACCUCGAAGCCAUCAAGGCCGCUCGCGAUGGCCACACCGCAGCAGUACAGGCGGACCUGCCAGCCGUUUUAAAGCAGGAUUCUUCUCUUCCUGAGGAAAUCCAACCCAAGACCACCGAAUUUACACCUCUCAAAGAUGCCGAGACGGUGUUGUUGACUGGUGCGACGGGCUAUCUAGGAGCCUUCUUAUUGAAGUCCCUGUUGGAAAAUACGUCGGCUCACAUUUUAUGUCUAAUUCGAUUUACCGAACCUACCAAGGACUGCCGUCCAGCAGGCAUGGCCCGUGUCCGAAAGAAUUUGAUUGAUCUCGGGAUCUGGAACGAUUCCUGUUUGGACCGAGUUGAAAUCGUGCCGGGCAACCUUGCACGUUCUCGCCUAGGUUUAUCCCCCGAGGCUUUCGACGAGCUCGCCAACCGUGUGCAGGUCAUCAUUCACUCUGCUGCUACGGUCAAUUUGGUGUACCCAUAUGCUGCCCUGCGCAAUGCAAACGUAGGGGGCACGAGGCAGAUCCUCCGUCUUGCGUCUCGCGGAGGUGCCACGGUCCACCACAUUUCCACAAACGGCGUUCUACCGCACUCCGUGGACGGCUGGACUGAGGAUACGGUGGUUGAUAUUCAAGAUGUCCCGGACAAGCUUCUUGAUGGCUACGGUCAGACAAAGUGGGUGGCAGAGAAGCUCGUGUUUGAGGCAGGACGCCGUGGAAUCCCAGUUAGGGUGUACCGUCCAGGCACUAUCAGCGGACACAGCGUCACAGGCGCAACCAACGCAUGGGACCUUCUCAACGCCCUCAUCGUAGAAUCGCUCCAUCUUCAAAGCGCUCCCAAUGUCGAGGGGUGGUUUCCUGAAAUGGCGCCGGUUGACUUUGUCAGCAGCGCCAUCACUACCCUGUGUAACCAUGCCGAUGGCCCCAACGCAAGCGUCUACCAUUUGGGCGAUUCGAGCCCUCUGCCUGCAGAUAAACUAUUUGAUAACCUUGCCGAGCUCGGGUACAAGACGGAUAGAGUCCCUUGGGAUGACUGGGUUAAGGUGUGGCGCGAAAAUCGUAGCACUACCCAUGGCGAUGUGCCUUUUACUGUCGACAUUCUCCGAGGUGGUAUGCCAACCAUCAAGGGAUUGCAGUCAGUAAUCGUUCUGAAAGACGAGAAGACGUUGUCUUUACUGGAUAUCUACGGUCUAAAACGGCCUAGGCUAGAUCGCGCUCUACUGGAGACGUACAUGAGACACUUCUACUCUCGAGGAUGGCUCCCCCACCCCCCUAAGAGGCAGGCUGUUAAUGGGGUGUUAUCCUCACCAAAGAAGAUUGGCAGGCUGGCAGGCAAGGUUGCUGUCGUCACCGGAGCAUCCUCUGGAAUUGGCGCCGCAGUGGCAGUUGGCCUUGCUCGGGAGGGAGCACACGUUACUCUCGCCGCUCGCCGCACUGAGGCCUUGGAGGCUGUUAAAGCCAAGUGCACUGGAAACGGAUGCGGGGGCAAGAUUCUUAUCCAGAAAACGGAUGUCACCGACAAGGCUCAGGUCGAGAGCCUUAUUAAAACGACGGAGGAAAAGCUAGGCCCCGUGGACAUUCUUGUGAGCUGCGCGGGUGUGAUGUACUUCACCAUGAUGGCAAAUUGCCAGACGGAUGAGUGGGAACGAACGGUGGAUGUAAACUGCAAGGGUUUGCUCCACUGCCUCUCCUCCACCGUUCCUGGGAUGCUCUCCCGAAGUGCUGGGCACAUCGUCGCCAUCUCCUCGGACGCCGGCCGCAAGGUCUUUCCUGGACUUGGCGUGUACUCGGCCUCCAAGUUCUUUGUUGAGGCUACCCUUCAGUCACUUCGCCUGGAGACCGCGGGGACCGGGCUGCGUGUGACAUCGGUCCAACCAGGAAACACCCAGACUGAUCUUCUCGGGAUGUCGACUGACAAGGAGGCGAUCAAGAAGUACGGAGAACCAACGGGCGCCAAGGUGCUUGAGCCGGAGGACGUGGCCAACUCGAUCGUGUACGCCGUCUGCCAGCCGAGCUAUGUUGCCAUUAAUGAGGUCCUGAUCGAGCCAAGAGAUGAACCUAUUUGA